AUGGGUUGUUGCACUACCUUAUUAAAGGUUUUACUGCCGUAUCUUGCAGAUUCCGAUUCUGACGAUGAAUACGCCUCUGCGGACGAGAGUAUUCCAGAAACCAAUGCAUCGUUUGCAACGUGCGGGAACCGAUUGAGUCUCCAGUCGGUGGCUCAGUUCGAAGACUGCUCUGAAGAAGGGUCAUCUACUGUGUCUCCGAAUUUUCAAACUGGUGGUCGUGUUUCUAAUCCUCGGAGCAUUUAUCGCCUGGACGAGCUGGACGGACUGACAUCGGUCCCGCAAGGCUCCACUGAACUAUCAAGCUUGGGAUUGAGUGUGUCAGAACAGGCCUACGUUCACGAUCUCGAACGCCGAAGCCUGAGUUCUGAAGCUUCAGCUCCAUUCGCGGAAGUAGACUUGCAACCUGUUCCCCACGAUGACUUGAUUGACGAGUUGAUCAACGGAAUCUGCGGGCUGAAACUACUCAAUAACUCCGGUGAAAAUUUGAAAAGUGUUGAAGACGCUUUGAGAACCACAGCUGGGGAUGAAUUCGAAGAACUACCGCGAUCAGUCACGACCGAAGUGCAACUAGAUAAAGAGCAGUGUGCGUCGGAAACUACUGUUGUUGCUGACGUCCUUUCUCAAACAUUUGAUGAUAUUCCUGUUGCCCCAAAAGGAUCUUAUAAUUUGUCGUUUCUGGAUGACCCCGACUUUAAUCCAUUUGUGCCGGCCGCGGAGCAAAAGUUGAUCAAAACGGAAGACUCCUCAUCUCUGGGUGUUCAAGAGCCUUCCGAUUCAGACGUCGUGAAGGAGUCUACUUCGAGAACUGAAGCUUCUAACGAGCACGAAAAGGACGACUCGCUGAGGCAAAUAUCAUUUGUCGAGCCAACCGAGGAGGUUGUGAAUUUCACAACCGAGAAUGAACCGCAGUUGAACGUUUGCGUUGAAACGGAAUCAUCCCUGUCGAAAACGGAAGAAGCGUGUGAAGAAACACCGGUUGAUCAAGAGCUUGUGCAGUGCACUCAUGUAGAAGUCAUUCAGCAAGUCGAAACAGCUGAUCUCACGGAUGAGUGUUGCAGUGCGAUUACAGAAACACAAGAUUCUGCACUACCAGUUUUCGAUGACAGAGGUGCUGAAAUUUUAGUGUUGGAAUCCUCAGAAAUAUGCGUAAAACCUGUUUCUGACGACGCGGGACGUGAUCAGUGUCAAAAUCUGAAUGUGACCGAAACAUUCAACACGCCACUGAUCGAAUCGCUAAGUGGCGAUCCGUCACCUGACGAGAGUUUUGUGGUUGAGCAUUCAAGAGAAAACGUAGCGAUUGAGGAUUUCGAUUCGCCAUUGGUGAACGAGAUCUGUACAUACACGCAAAAUUUGACAGAAACAGAAGUUACUCCCAACGCGUCUACUGAAGGUGAUUCUGCAUCGUCAGUAGAUGUGGGGAAUCCCAUGGCUGUCGCGGAGAAUACUGUUGCUGCGAAACCGGACGAGCAACGGUUGGGAGCUGGUGAGGAUGUUCCAGUCGAGGAGAAGCCAAUAUCGAAGGGAUCGUACAAACUCGACUUCCUAGACGACCCUGACUUUAAUCCUUUUGUUUCGGUCGAAGAACAAAGCAAGAAAAUUGUUUCAUCUCCAUCAAAGACGAGGGAAAUGCCCCCAAGAAAUGUGGACGAUAUUCCGAUCAAGCCAGCUGUUCAUGUUUUCAACGCUGAACUUCUCGAUGAUCCAAGUUUCACGCCUUUUGCUGGCAUCGCGAAACCUUCGGCUACAACCACUGACAGUGGUGUGUUCGACGAAUUGUGCGGUUCUGGGCCUCCAAGUUCUGCCGGAAAUGUGAAUGGCGCGGCUAGUGAUGUGGAGAGCGGAAGUUCUUUGACGAGUAGCCCGAUGCAUGUUGCAGUCGCCGAUGAUAAUCAGGAUCAAGAAGUAAUGGCUGCCACGCUGAAUUGUGAUUUCCGUGAUGGAGCCCAGUUCAUCUUCAAUGAUCCUGAUUUUGUUGAGCAGUUGGAGUCUCUCACGCUUCAAAAUCGUGAGAAGGUUCUUUCUAGGAUCAGUGUGCUGCGCUCAUUCGACCCCUUGGUUGGGGAUGACUCUUCGAGUUCCGGCCGUAGAGAGAGUAUUCGUCGUUUCCUUCGCGAAAGUUUGGCUGGGGAUCAGUCAACAAGCACGCAAGCAUUACUCUCGCUGAUCGAUGAGGAACCUGUUCAAAAUGAACCCCUGAAACAAAGCAUAAUGCUCAGAAACGUGAUAUUAUCGCCUAAACAUGAAGAAGAGGAGGAGGAAGAAGGCGAUGAGUCGGUUUCGGGUCAAUUGGAUGAAACUGUAAUCAAGAAUACGGGUGAAAAUGUUCUUGGUGCCAUUGAUGCUACGCCGGCUCGAAAAACGCCUGCGGUCGCUCAGAAAUCUGAUGAAUCCUCUGCUCAAUUAGCUCAGCUGAUGAUUGAGCGAGAGCAGAUCUUAAAAGAGAACGAAAAAUUGCAGUCUCGUCUAGAAGCGGUCGAGAAUUCCGUUGAAAAAUUAUCCAGUCUAAAUGCUGAGCAUGAAACAUUGCUUCGUCAGCAUGCUGAAAUGAAGACACAGCUGGAAACUUCGAAGAAACGCGUCGAAAAUUUGGAGCAUGAAAACCUUGUCUUGACAUCAAAGAAAUCACAGCUUGUGACUGUGAUACGGGAUAUGGAAAAAACAUUUUCAGAAUUCAUGCUGACGAAAAAUUUUGGAAGCUCUAUUUUGGAUUCGCAGUAUGAAGCACUUGUGUCGGAAAACCAGCGGCUGAGAGAUGACCUCGAGAAGAAGAUAGCAGACCUCAGAGAAACCGAAAUUGCUUUCAACAGUAUUCAUAAGAAAUCGGAGAGAAUGAAAGAAGUUCUGCAAAUACAGAUGAGCAAUGAAGUCAAGUUGAAGGAGGCGUUAGAAGAAGCUCGAGCAAGAACAUUUCAAAGCGAAAGUCGGGUCCAGAAAAUUGAAGACGAUGCUCAGAAACAGUUGGAUCGUGCCCUGAAUGACAUGCACGAGAUAAAAGCUUCGAAGGACAUUGAAGUUUCUGCGCUGAAGUGCCAACUCAAAAAGGUGGAAACCGAAUUUUCAUCUGCUCAGGUGAUAAUUUCACAGAAAGAAAAGCAGAUCAAUGAACUAUCCAUCAUCAUUGAAGAGCUUCUUCAGUCUAUGGGUCUGAAGCAAAAUAAAUGAAGUCGUGUGAUUUUGCUGUUUAAAUCAGUAAAACUGAAGUUUUUGUAAUAGGUAAUUUUCCAUUUUGAUUUUUUAUCAGGGAAUCGAAUGCAAAGUUCAAUGUGUUUUUUGUCGUGCUGCGUCUAUUUCUUAUAAUGGGAAACUGGUUUCAAGAAAUUUGGUCCAUUCUUCUGAAAUUGACAUAAAUGGUCGGAAUUGAAACGGCAAGUCGAACCUUGUACUUCGAAUUCAGUUUUUUUGUAAAGGCAUUUAUCGUAUUUGCUUUCAACGUUACGCAAGCUUAGAAAUGUCUCACCGCUGUCAGAAUUUCAUUUGAUGCACCAGCAGUUUCACCCUUGUAUUACAGUACUUUCAAGUCCGCUAAUCGUGCUGAAUGGUGUCAUGCUUAUGUGCCCUUUUUUAAUAUCCACGGUGUUGCCGUACGGUUUGACAAUUAUUUUCCUGUAGUUGUCCGUUAAAAAUAUUACUGAUGCAUAAUUGAAAACAGUACACGACAUUCUGUUCUUCUGGUGGAUCUUCUCAUUCGAAGUAUUUUGCGGGCUAGCUGAUCUUACCUUCGCGAGUGUCAUGUAAUAUCUUUAUUCCGGUUCAAAUAAAAGUGCUUUCGUUUAUUUUAUGAUUGAAA